GGGCGGGCGGCGUGUUCUAGGUACGAGCUGCCGGCCCCGUCCUCCGGCCAGAAGAACGAUAUCACGGCGUGGCAGGAGUGCGUGAACAACUCCAUGGCGCAGUUGGAGCACCAGGCGGUCCGCAUCGAGAACCUGGAGUUAAUGUCGCAACACGGUUGUAACGCUUGGAAGGUGUACAACGAACAUCUGGUUCAUAUGAUAGAACAAGCCCAGAAAGAGCUUCAGAAGUUGAGGAAAAACAUUCAAGAUCUGAACUGGCAACGAAAGAACAUGCAGCUCACAGCUGGGGCUAAGCUACGAGAAAUGGAAUCUACAUGGGUCUCUCUUGUCAGUAAAAAUUAUGAGAUUGAACGAACUAUUGUGCAGCUAGAAAAUGAAAUUUCACAAAUCAAACAGCAGCAUGGGGAAGCAAACAAGGAAAAUAUCCAGCAAGACUUCCAGUGACUUAAUCCUUACUGUCUUACUGCAGCAUAUGUUAAAAAAAGCAAAACAAAAAACUUUGGAGAUGCUAUGUGUUUGUAGAUGCCUCUAGUUGCAGUUGUGUAAGGUGAUAAAAAGGUAUUUUCAUUGUUUCUUUUCCUUGUUUUAAAUUCUAGGAGGCGGCAGGGUAGACUCAAAAUGUCCUGUUCAAAUGUAUUACUGGCAUAGUUAAACGUACUGUGAACUGUUUUACUUUUUAUAUACCUAAAGUAGGAGCUCUUAAAAAACCCCGUUUCAUGUUUUUGCAUUUUCCUCCGUGCCUUUAAUAAACGUUGUUUUGCUAUCUG